AUGGAUCAAAGUCAAAAACUUGUUAACGUUAUAGAAAAGGGAAACUUUGAAAGAAAUGAACUUCUGAGACAAAAGGUUGAUGUGGCUAGAAUGAGAGAAGAGAAUAAAAUUUUAUUUACGAAUAUGAAUUCUAUAUCCGAUCCAGAGUUUCGCCAAUUUAUUCAAAGCGAAAAGAGAAAAAUUUACAGAUCAAGAGCACAAACAUCCGAACAUGGAGAACAAGGAGAAAGAUCUCAAUAUCAGGGAUCUCAAUAUCGAGCAUCUCAGUUCCAAAGAUCUCAAUAUGAAGAAGAACACAGAGAAGGAGCUGAAGAUGAACAUCAACGAUCUCAAAAUCCUUCACAAGAUUAUAGUCAAUAUUAUGACUAUCUUGGCAGAACUGGGAAUGAUUUUUAA